CGUUUAUCUCUUCUCUCUUAAUUUGAUUCCCUUGUGGGGACGGACUUGAAGAAAGUGGGAAACCGCCAUAAUUCCAGAGGUUGGCGAUAUUGAACGCCAAUUGCAGGUGUUCUCUCUGUUGUUCUUUCUCCGGUCUCUUAGAAUCACACUUCUAAGUUAAAGAAAAAAAUGGGAGGUGGAGAGAACAAUGUAAACAAUGAGAAAGGACUUUUCUCAAAUCUUGCUGGAUUUGCCAUGGGUCACUCAAUGGGACAGCACACACCUCCUUACAGUUCAUACCCUUAUAAUUAUGGAUAUUUACCACAAGGAUACCCACCAUCUGGUGGGUAUCCUCCGGGUGGUUACCCUCCUUCAGCAUAUCCUCCGGCAGUGUAUGGACACUCUUCCGGUUACCCACCAUCUGCAUAUCCUCCACAUGCCGGAUAUCCUCCACCAGGUGGUUACCCACCAUCAGCUUAUCCGGGACCAUCAUCUUAUAAUCAUCUAGUUCCAGGGCAUGGGUAUGGACAUGGGUCUGGACCUGGUAUGGGAACGGUAUUAGCUGGUGGUGCAGCAGCCGCAGCUGCUGCUUAUGGGGCUCAUCGAAUUGGCGGUUUUUAUGGUCAUCAUCCUCAUGGUGGCUUCUAUGGCAAUCAUCAUGGAAAGUUCAAACAUGGAAAGGGAAUGUUUGGGAAAAGAUACAAGCAUGGUAAGGGAAUGUUUGGUAAGCAUAAGUUGAUGAGGUUUAAGAAAUGGAAAUAAUAUAUUUAGAUUCUAAAUCUUAAAAACAUAAGUAAAUAAUAAGCUUGUGCUGAAUAAUGGAUUUAAUCCAGUAACAGUUUGUGGAAAACAAAAAACGAACAGACCCUUGUUUGAUUGUGCCAUCAUAUAUAUAUGUAUCUUGAAUGUAAUAUUUGAUUGCCAUUCUUUCUUAUAUUGACAAACUAUUUGGCCAAUUCUGGAAAUAUUCAAAAGAAUAAAGAACACACCUGUAACUUUGUUUGGUUCUGGAA